AUGCACAUUCUUCAUAGACAUCCCUUCCGGAGAAUCCCCUUCAUUUUCUUCAAUCAAGUGAAACGAUUUUCUAGUAGAACGGCAGUCGAUGUGGGCCAGCCAACUGCUAGCACUCAUCCUCAGUUAUUGAGUGAAGGCGAAAUUACUCCUGGCAUUAGUGUUGAUGAGUAUAUAUGGAGACGAAAGAAUCUAUUGAGACUUUUACCGGAGAAUGCUUUGGCAAUCAUUGCAUCGGCCCCGGUGAAGAUGAUGACCGAUGUCGUGCCGUACAAUUUUCGGCAAGAUGCUGAUUAUCUCUAUAUCACCGGGUGUCAACAGCCGGGUGGUAUUGCAGUUUUGGGUCACAAUUGUGGUUUGUGCAUGUUCAUGCCUGAAGCUAGUCCUGAUGAUGUUAUUUGGCAAGGUGAGAUUGCUGGAGUUGAUGCAGCUCUGGGCACAUUCAAAGCUGAUGAAGCAUACCCAAUAAGUGCAUUGAAUAAGAUCCUUUCAAGGAUGAUUGACAGCUCAUCUCAAUUGUUCGUGAACACAGUCACAGAUAACACUACUUAUAUGAAACUGGAGGCUUUCCAGAAAGCAGCUCACAAUGGCAUCGUGGAAGAUUUUUCAGUAUAUAGUCAUGAAGCACGAUGGAUAAAAUCAGAAGCUGAGAUUAAAUUGAUGAGGAAUUCUACAUCUAUAGCUUCUCAGGCUCUUCUGGAGACAAUGUUGCAUUCGAAAUCGUUUCCUGAUGAGAGUUUGAUGUCUGCAAAGUUUGAUUAUGAAUGCAAAAUGAGAGGUGCCCAAAGAAUGGCCUUCAAUCCAGUGGUUGGUGGAGGUCAUAAUGGCAGUGUCAUUCAUUAUGCCCGUAAUGAUCAGAGAAUCCGGGAAGGAGAUCUGGUUCUCAUGGAUGUAGGAUGUGAGCUCCAUGGUUAUGUUAGUGAUCUAACUCGGACAUGGCCACCUUGUGGUAGAUUCUCCCCAGUUCAGGAAGAACUAUAUUCCCUUAUAUUGGAGACAAAUGAAGAAUGUUUGGGGCUAUGCAAACCUGGGAUUAGCAUUCGCGAAAUACACAGUUACUCGGUCAAAAAGCUGCGGAAAGGAUUCAAAGAGCUUGGAGUUUUGAAAAGCGACAAACCUCAAAGCUACCAUAUGCUGAACCCCACCAAUAUAGGUCACUAUCUCGGAAUGGAUGUCCAUGAUUGUUGCAAAAUUGGCUAUGACCGGCCAUUGAAGCCUGGUGUCGUGAUCACAAUUGAACCUGGAGUCUAUAUCUCUCCAAGUUAUGACGUUCCUGAGAGGUAUCAUGGCAUUGGGAUAAGGAUAGAGGAUGAUGUACUCAUAACAGAGACAGGAUACGAGGUACUAACUGGUUCGGUUCCAAAAGAGGUCAAGCACUUGGAAUCCUUGCUUGACAAUAUGAGUAAUGUGCCGGAAAAGGAGCUUCAUAAUGGCGUUAGAACAGCCAUUAGCUAA